AUGUCCGGCGCCAAGGUGCCGCACGACGAAGUAUGGCCGAUCUACGAGCGUCUCAUCGACUUCGAGGCCGUGAUGCCGUUCAACUUCAAGUGUCGCGCAAGCGUGGUCGCGGGCGGAAACCCCGAGAACACGGCUCCGGCCGUGGACCCGGAGAACGCUCCGUUGACAUUACAGCAGCACGCGCUGGCGAGCGCGAUGAGCGCGGUCAUCCUCUCGAUCCUUAGGCCAUACACAGACCAGGCGACUGCGUUCUCGGCCCUGUUGCGCAGGUGCAACAUGAUGAUUGCGACGUCGCUGAGUCUGUUCUCCGUCAUGCCCGAAGUGGCAAAGACACACUGGUUCAUGCGGUAG